AUGGACAACGUAGGGUUGACGCCUGCAGUGCGCCGGCUGUUGCAGGAUCUCCUCAAGGAAGGUGGAAAUGAGUGUAACGGUUCAGCUGCAUCCAUUGGUGUGCCUGCAAGUGGGGCUGGCCAGUUAAGAAAGGCUGCUGCACGUGCUCCGGGGUGCGAGUGGACAAGAGGGGAAACAAAGCUGCUGCUUGAUUUGUAUAGCACUUAUUUUCCUCAAGUGGGCCCUCUAAAAAAAUUCAGAAACAAAAAAGCCAUGUUCGAAAAAAUUGCAGUAGAGCUGCAACGCAGAACUGGUACGAUCAAGAGUGGAGAGCAGUGCUGCACGAGGUACAAAACAGUGCUAAAGAGGAAAAAUGUAGCAGCCGUGGAAAACAACACAUCUGGCAAUUCUCCAGCUGAUGUGGACUAUGAAGAUGAGCUGGAGAAGAUCAGGUGGCUCGACGACAGCCUGGAACCAGAGGUGGUGAGGGAUGCAAGCGGUGUCGUGUCAAGAAAGACACACCCACAGCUGCCAGCAUCAGAGUCCGUCUGCCAUGGCCCGUCUAGCUCUGCGAGUUCUACUUGUAGUGCCACAGAGACUGCAGCUUGUUCCCUUGAGCAGGAGCAGCAGCCAAGAGACGAUGGCAGAAAGAACCGCCCUAGUACAGCCCGGAUGCUACAAAUGACUGCAUUUUUGGAAAAAGUCGAAGAAAUUGAGGAGCGCAGGGCAAAGAGAAAAGCUGAGAGAGACAUAAAAAAAGAAGAAAGGCGACUUGAAAAGAUGCAGAGGCGGGAUCAGAUGCAUGCAGAAAAAAUGAGCCUUCUGCGUGAAGCUUUUGGCUUAGACCACAAUGAUUAA